CCUUUCUGCCAUUAUGGUUCUGAAGUGCCAUUCUUCGAUACUAAGAAUCCUCACAUAACUUGCAGAUGCAUUGCUGUAACCACUACCAUAUCUGAGGUGAUGCUGCAAAAAGCCAGUCCAUCACUCGUGAGAAAAGAUAUAGGAAGUAUUUCAAUUGAUGACAUUCUACAUGGUUGUCAUUCCGUUGAUCAAAAUAAGAAGGUUGAAGAAACACGUGAGAUUGGCUCUCCAAAUGGUACCUCAAGUGGCAUAGCUGAAGAGGUCAUAAGUGGUAUUGUUCAGGAUGUGAACUCUGCAAGUGAGAAAAACCAUUAUCAUGGAGGGUUGCAAGGCUCUCGUAGUCAGAUCCUAAGAUAUGGAAGUUUGGGCAUUGCAAUUACUUGUUUACUAUUUACUGCAUCCAACUGGAAGGCAAUGCAAUAUGCAUCUCUGAAAGGUUUGGUGAACUUGUUUACUGGAGUAGAUCAACCAAUUUUUUGGAAUAACAAUGGUAAUUCACGGUCAUUGAGAAUACAACAGAUUAAAAACUACUUGUCUGAUAUGGAAAUUAGGGGAUCUGCCAUAGACAUGCCUGAGUUCCCAUCUAAGCUUGAAUGGUUGAACACAGCUCCACUUCAGUUUCGCAGGAACCUGACGGGAAGAGUGGUUCUCCUGGAUUUUUGGACAUAUUGCUGCAUUAAUUGCAUGCAUGUUCUACCAGAUUUGGAGUUUCUUGAAAAGAAAUAUGCUGACAAGCCUUUUACAGUUGUUGGAGUACACUCUGCAAAGUUCGAUAACGAGAAAGAUCUUGAAGCAAUUAGAAGUGCAGUCUUGCGCUACAACAUUUCACAUCCAGUUGUUAAUGAUGGCAAUAUGUACUUAUGGAGAGAAUUAGGCGUUAACUCUUGGCCAACAUUUGUUGUUGUUAGCCCUACUGGGAAAGUUCUGUUGCAAAUAUCAGGAGAGGGUCAUCGAGAGGAUCUUGAUAAUUUCAUUGAUGCAGCUCUGCAAUUUUAUGGAGAAAAGAAAUUAUUGGAGAACACUGUUAUUCCCUUAUUUUUAGAAAAGGAUAAUGAUCCUCGGUUAUUGUCCUCGCCUUUAAAAUUCCCAGGGAAACUGGCAAUUGAUGAACUGAACAAUAGGCUCUUUAUUUCAGACAGCAACCACAAUAGAAUUGUGGUCACUGAUCUAGAUGGGAACUUUAUCAUUCAAGUUGGAGCUACAGGAGAGGAUGGACUAAAUGAUGGAAAUUUUGACAGUGCCACUUUCAAUCGUCCUCAGGGUCUUGCAUACAACCCGAAGAAAAAUCUUUUAUAUGUUGCUGACACAGAAAAUCACGCUCUGAGGGUCAUUGAUUUUGUUAAUGACACCGUAAGAACCCUUGCUGGUAAUGGAACCAAAGGUUCUGACCGUGAUGGAGGAGAACGGGGAACUAAUCAGGUGCUAAAUUCUCCAUGGGAUCUCUGCUAUGAGCCCUCCAGUGAAAUAGUUUAUAUUGCAAUGGCUGGGCAGCACCAGAUUUGGGAGUACAAUUCAUCAAAUGGAGUUACCAAAGCUUUUAGUGGAGAUGGCUAUGAAAGAAAUUUGAAUGGUUCAAGCUCCAAAAGCACUUCCUUUGCACAACCUUCUGGAAUAACAUUGGCUCCAGAUUUACAGGAGUUAUAUGUAGCUGAUAGUGAGAGCAGCUCCAUUAGAGCUGUUGAUCUCAAGACAGGAGGAUCAAGGUUGCUUGCAGGGGGUGAUCCACUAUUUCCAGAUAAUUUGUUUAGGUUUGGAGACCAUGAUGGAGUAGGUUCAGAUGUGCUUCUCCAACAUCCCUUAGGAGUAUUUUGUGGAAGAGAUGGUCAAAUAUAUAUAGCAGACUCUUAUAAUCACAAGAUCAAGAAAUUGGAUCCGACUACCAGAAAGGUCACAACAUUAGCUGGUACUGGAAAUGCUGGGUUUAAGGAUGGUCCACCUCAAUUGGCUCAACUAUCUGAACCUUCAGGAAUUGUUGAAACAGGGCAAGGAAAGCUACUUAUUGCUGAUACAAACAAUAACUUUAUAAGAUAUAUAGAUCUAAAUGAGAAGGAUCCUGUGGUGCAUGCACUUGAGUUGAGAGGAGUCCAACCUCCCUCAUCAAAGUCUAAAUUACCAAAGCGCCUGAGAAGACGCCUGUCCGCAGACACAGAUAUUAUCAAAAUUGAUGGUGGAACCUCAACGGAAGGAAUCUUCAAUCUAUCAGUUUUAGUUCCUGAGGGUUACCAUUUCUCUAAGGAAGCUCGUAGUAAAUUUGAUGUAGAAACUGAUCCUACAAAUGCAAUUAAUAUUGAACCAGUAAACGGAAAUCUAAGCCCAGAAGGAUCAGCUUCCCUUAAAUUCAGGAGAAAUUCUCCUUCAGCAGUCAUGGGAAGAAUAUACUGCAAGAUUUACUACUGCAAGGAGGAUGAAGUCUGCCUGUAUCAGUCUGUAGCCUUUGAUGUCUCAUUCCGAGAAGAACUAGAAUCCACUCCACAAGUAGUCAAAAUUUCUUACACUGUUACACCUAAAUCUCGCUCGGGUUCUUCGCCUAUGAUUCUUAGCAAGUAGAAACUUUUUUGGAUGCAAGAGAAACUUAGUAACGGUCUGGGUGUAAAUGUUGGUUUCAUGUUGCUAAUUAUAAAUAUUCAAAAUGUGUAUGAACCUUUGGGAUGCAUAGCCAAAUUAGUGAUGUUUCGGGAGUAAACCGAUUUCAUGUUGUUAA